AUGGCCACCUCGUCGUCUUUUGCUUCGGCAGCAUUCAACCUCUACACCGCUCAAAAAGAAAUCGAGCACCGCAAGCCGCGACUCUCACGCAUGUCGUUCGUCCGCGAUUGCUUCCGCCUCUCUGGAUCCGUCUUGCCUCGUAUCUUCCCUUCCGUGCUGUUCCUCACCCUCUACGCAACUCUGAUCGCUUUGGCCGACCUGGUCUGGGAGCGGAAAUGGACCACCUCGUACUCGAUCACCAGCUCGCUUUCCGUCGUCGUUGGUCUGCUUCUCGUCUUUCGCAACAGCACCAGCUACGAUCGUUGGUACGAAGGAAGAAAGCUCUGGCAGGAUGCAAGCACCACCACGCGCAGUCUCGCCACGCUCAUCUGGAUCAACGUUGAGGCGGAUAAGGAUGCGGAUAAGAAACAGUGGCGCCUGGACAGGAAGAGGCGCGCGCUCAGGCUCUUGUCCGCGUUUAUGGUUGCGGUCAAACACGAUCUCAGAGCCGAAAAAGGCACGGCGUGGGCCGAUCUCAAAGGUGUACUGCCUUGCGAGUGGCUUCGAGCCGACGCUAUCGAAAUAAAUCAGGAAUUUGCCAAGCACAGUGGUACGACCAGCGACGACCUCGAGCAAGCGACUGGUUCUAGCCCACCUUCAGAGUCGUCGCCUUUGCUUCUCGCCACCGGCGACCCGCUUGUCGGCGCAAGCGACCGCAGCAUCUCCCUACCGCUGCGCAUCAUCGCCGAACUUCACAGCUACCUAGCGUCCACCCGUCGCGCUGGUCUCAUCGACGACCUUGGUCCCGCCGGCUUUUCCCUCCUCAACACACAGCUCGUCAAUCUGUCCACCCUUGCCGCAUCUAUGCAACGCAUCUCUACCACCCCUACGCCGCUCAUCUACGCCAUCCACCUCAAACAAUCCUCAUUCGUCUAUCUCGCCACUUUGCCUCUCGCGCUCGUCGGUGAACUUGGCUGGAAAAUGGUGCCCUUCGUCACCGUAUUCAGCAUGAUGCUCAUCGGACUCGAGGGCAUCAGCAGCGAGAUCGAGGAUCCAUUUGGCGAGGACAAGAGCGAUCAUCCGCUCGAUCUGUGGUGCAGCAGGCUUCGCUGGGAGAUCGAACUACUCAUGCGCGACGUCGAACCUGGCGUUCACGACGAGUGA